GUAGGGAGGCGGAGAAGGAGAAGAAAGCUACAACAUGGCGGUCACGGCCGCCCCAAAGCUCUGGGCGCUGUGAGGGGGGGGCGGGGACAAGCCCAGGAGCCAGCCCCCGGCUAGGGGAGGGGGGGGGUCUAGCCCCCCCUCGCCCUGACCCCGAAGUGGGGCCCACUGCGAUGGGGGUCCAGGGCUUCCAGGAGUUCGUGGAGAAGCGCUGCCCGGGUGCCGUGGUGCCCGUUGACCUGCUCAAGCUGGCCCGGGCGGCGGGAGUCCGUGGGGGGCCCUCCUACUGCAGCUUGGCCGGCUACCUCCAGCCGCAGCCCGGGCCUUACCCGCCGCCUCUCGCGACCCACUCCCAGCAUGCUCCGGGGCUGGCGGCUAACUCCCAGCAUGCUCCGGGGCUGGCGGCUAACUCCCAGCAUGCUCCGGAGCUGGCGUCGGUAGCUCACUCGCAGCAUGCUCCGGGGCUGGCGACGGUGGCGGCCCACUCCCAGCAUGCUCCGGGGCUGGCGGCCCACUCCCAGCAUGCUCCGGGGCUGGCGACGGUGGUGGCCCACUCCCAGCAUGCUCCGGGGCUGACGUCGGCCUACCCGGCCCGGCUGCUGGUGGACGCGGACUCGGCCCUACAGCGGCUGUAUGGUGGCUACCAGACAGACUGGGUGUGCGGUGGCCAGUGGAAUGCCAUGGUGGGCUACCUGGCGGCCCUGUCCCAGGCCUGCCUCUACCAGGGCGGGCUGGAGCUGGCAGUCAUCUUCAACGGCGGGCUGGGCAAGGAACGGCUGCCCGAAUGGGGCCGCAAGGCCCAGGCCGAGCGGCAGACGGCCCAGCUCAUCGCUGGCCAUGUGGGUAACAAGGGCACGCCGCCCCCCCGCGCCUGGUUCCUGCCCCCUGCCUGCCUGGGGCACUGUGUCCGCCUGGCCAUGAUCCGCUUCCGGGUCAAGGUCUUCCAGAGCCUGGAGGACCAUCACCUGGAGGUGGUGUCCUUCUUCCGGGAGCGUGGCUUCCACGGGCUGCUGGCCCAUGACUCGGAGUUCGCCCUGGCCAGCCUGCCUUGCUACUUCAGCGCCCACGCCCUGAAGCUGAGCUGGAAUGGCAAGAGCCUCACCACCAAUCAGUUCCUCAUGCACCAGGUGGCCAAGCAGCUGGGCCUGAAGGUCUCCAGCUUCCCCAUCUUCGCCGCCCUGCUGGGUAACCACAUCCUCCCGGACGAGGACCUGGCUGCUUUCCACUGGAGCUUGCUGGGGCCAGACCACCCAUUGGCAUCACUCAAGGUAGCCUCACGGCCCCUGGCUCUGCCCUGCAGCAGCCUGGUCCGAGCCCACCAGUUGGUGUUGCCCCCCUGCGAUGUGGUGAUCAAGGCUGUCUCGGAGUAUGUCAGCGCCAUCAAAGACCCCUACAACCUGGAUGCCGUGGGGAGAGAUGUCUUCAAACAUUCUCAGUCCAGGACGGAGGAUAAGAUCGAGCGCUUCAAGAAAGCCGUGAACUAUUAUUCGGUGACUGCCAAGAUGCCACUGGCUCCUGUGGACCCAUCCUCGUUUGUACUGCCAGGCUAUGGAUCCAACCACUUCGGAGGAGCAGCCCCUGCGCAGCGCAGCCCGGUGGGAUCCCUCCCCAUGGGGAAGCCAAUGUUCCCCCACCACCUAGGGCCAAAGAUGCAGUUCCAGCCGCCAGCCCCACCCUCCUCCUCCUCCUCGGCCGCCUCCUUCCCCCCAGGCCCCAGCGCCAGCCUCCUCUUCUCCUCACACCCGCUCGCAGACAUGCCCCCCUUUAACGAGGACCCCAUCCUGAAGGGCGGCGAGUUCAACAGCUGGCCCAGCGCCUACGAUGCCAAGUUCCCCCACCACUACCGGGGCCCCAAGCCCUCCCCUUCCUCCGGGCCAGCCUCCUCCCCCUCCUCCUCCUCCGAUGGCGAAGAGCACAACGGGGGCAGUGCCAACCACGUCUCCGAGGUGCUGCAGCCCAAGUCUGGCUGGGAGGGGCCCGGUGCCGAGAAGCUGAGCCGGGGCUGGGGGCAGGCGGGGGGCUCCGGCGACACUGACGGGCCCCUGGCUGGGCCCGAGCCCUCCAUCCCCUCGCUGCUUUCCAUGGCCACCCGCAACCACAUGGACAUAACCACCCCCCCGUUGCCCCCUGUCGCCCCCGAGGUCCUGCGGGUGGCUGAGCACCGGCACCGACGCGGCCUCAUGUACCCCUCCAUCUACCAUGUUCUUACCAAGGGCGAGAUCAAGCUCCCGGUGUGCAUCGAAGAUGAGUGUAAUACUGAGUUGCCUCCAGCUGCCAUCCUCUUCCGUGGCGCCCGCCAGCAUAUCUAUGGGGUACUGUUCGGCGUGGCUGAGAACCAGCGCCGGGUGCAGCGCCUGGCCAUCCGCCGCCGCAUCCCCACAGAAGUGCCGCCUGUGAUCAUCAAGGAGUGGGCGGCGUACAAGGGGAAGUCCCCGCAGACGCCAGAGCUGGUCUCGGCCCUGGCCUUCCGCGAGUGGACCUGCCCCAACCUGCGGAAGCUGUGGCUGGGGAAGGCGGUGGAGGACAAGAACCGGCGCAUGAGGGCCUUCCUGGCCUGCCUGCGGGCCGACACGCCCGGCAUGUUGAACCCCGCCAACGUACCCACGCACCUGCUGCUGAUGUGCUGUGUGCUACGUUACAUGAUCCAGUGGCCCGGAGGGAGGAUCCUUCAUAGGCACGAGCUGGACGUGUUCCUGGCUCAGGCGGUUUCUUCUCAGCUCUACGAGCCGGAUCAUCUGCAAGAGCUGAAGAUCGAGAAGCUGGAUGCCCGGGGCGUGCAACUGGCAGCCCUUUUCAUGAGCGGAGUAGAUACAGCUCUCUUUGCCAACGACGCUUGUGGGCAGCCGGUGCCCUGGGAACACUGCUGCCCCUGGAUCUACUUCGAUGGCAAACUCUUCCAGAGCAAGCUCAUCAAAGCCACCCGUGACAGGGCUCCCCUCAUUGAUCUGUGUGACGGACAGACAGAGCAGGCAGCCAAAGUGGAGAGGAUGAGACAGAGCAUCCUGGAGGGCGUGAACAUCAACCGCCAGGCCCCGCCCCCUCUGCUCCCACCCCCUCCCUUUGUGCCUGCCAUGGCUGCGCCCUUCUAUUCGAUGCCCCUCUACCCCCGCACCACGGGCUCCAUGCCGCUGCCACCCCCUGGGAGGAGCAGAGGGCUCACAGGUCUCCACCCCAUCCCGCCUCAGGGGGGCAAGCUGGAGAUCGCUGGCAUGGUCGUUGGCCAGUGGGCGGGCAGUAAGCCCUCGCGGGGGCGGGGCUCCUUUGGGAUGCAGGUGGUGUCUGUCGGGGGGCCAGGCAAGGGACGCAGUCGAGACGGGUCUGGAAAACUCCCCAAAGGAAACAAGAAACUGAGCAAGCAGGGCUCAUUGGAGGGAGCAGCCAAAGCCGUGGAGUUGCAGAGCGGGCAGGGUCCGUCGCAGGUGAACGGGGGCGAGGAUUCGGGGGGCAGUCCCUGCCCCCCAGCCCCAUCACAAUGUGCCUUAGCCAGAGACGCUGAUCCCUGCGGUGACAAGGGCCAGUACUGCGGGCGGCUGACCCAGGAGGUGGAUCGCGGCCCCAACACCAAGCUGUCCCUCCCAGCUCUGCAGAAGGAAGAGUGAUGGGGACCUGAUUCGGGGAUGGGUGGGGCUUUCCGGGGGGGGGCGGGGCUCGGAGUGUGGAAGCCUCAGGGUACCAUGAGAACACUGGGGUUGUAAAGUCAGCACCCCAGUGCAUUAUGGGGGAUCAUCCCCUCAUUAAAGGGAUGGUCUCCUACAGCGCCCCAGUGCAUUGUGGGGGAUCGUCCCCUAAUUAAAGGGAUGGUCUCCUACAGCGCCCCAGUGCGUUGUGGGGGAUCGUCCCCUAAUUAAAGGGAUGGUCUCCUACAGCGCCCCAGUGCGUUGUGGGAGGAUUUGUACCUGUUUCCCUAUCCCCGCGCCCUCCUGGCACUGACCCCCCCUCAUCGGGUCCGCAACAUGGCGUAUUUUAUUAUUUUUUAAUUUUAAUAUUUGUGGGGUGGGGAGCUGACGGUUUUUAGGGUUUUUAACAUAUACAUAGCCCCUCCCCCGGCUCUUGCAGCGGGGGGGCAGGGAGAAAUGCUGUUAAAUAAAGGGGGAGCCAUUAAAAGGAAGCCAGCCAGGAUGAAUCAAAGCGACUGGGGAGGGGUGACGUUUGGGGGCUCAACCUAGGCUGCUAAGGGGUCAUGGCGCCCCCUGCCCUGCAACACAGGGUGCUCUAUAUGCCCCGGUACCCGCAGCCAGCUGAGGAGCACACCAGUCAUGUCCCUUGCUGCUCUGGGGGGAGCCCCAAAAUGUCAUGGGGGUGGGGAGGUGGAUUUCCCCAAUAUUUGGCAGGUGCAGAUGCCCCCAGCCCGUGUUCGUUUUGGGUGGCACAGAGGUUCAUUCGUUACGCCGGGGGCAAGUUCGGGGCAGAGGCGGUGACGGCUGAAAUCAGCCCAGGUUUUGUACAGAGAGAAGAGAGAUUAUAUUUACAGAGACAGAUUCUAUAUAGAAACUAUGUAUCUCGGGGGGGGGAUUCCCUUGUCCCCAGCCGCAGCUCCAGAGCUGUCCACGUCGUACCCAGGGGGGCAGGGGCAGUUGGGGAUCCCUCCAAAACCAGACAGGUCCCCCUUUGCUUCCGCAGAGUCCCCCAUCCUGGCUGCAGUUCCCAGCGGGGCUGAUCAAUGGAGGGUGGAGGAGGGGUUUAGGUUGGUGACCCAUAGGGAGGAGUGGGCAGGGAUUUUGAGGCUGGGGGCUAUUAGGGUUUCUGUCCCAUGGGAGGGGAGUGCAGGAACUUGGAGGCUCACUCACCGGGGAUGUAUUGGUGCAGGGGGGGACCCCUUUAAAGUCCCAUUAAAAUCUGGACUGUACAGGGUGGAAAAUUUGAAGGUUUUGUGGACUAUCCUACCCCCUGCCCUGACUCUAACUUCAGGCAGGGGGGCUGGUGGUGAAUUCCCAUCCUGGCCCCCCAGAUGUGUAUAAAAAUUGGGCAGUACGACUCCUCACUUGACCAAUCCGCGCCUCUGUCGGGCACGGGAAGGCUUGAAUUCCCCUGUGCCGUGCAUGGCUUGCUGUGGUCCUGCAUCCUUCAUUUUCUGAGGCCGUCACUUCCCUGGUAGCCCUGGCUGCUGCCCAGAAGCCAGGCAGAGACGGCCAGGCCGUGGGGAUUUGGGGAACAGGGAGGGGAUGGGAAAGAGCCCAGAUCUCGAUAAAACUUUAUAUCUUAUUUCCCUCCCCACUCGGGGUUGGGGGGAUGGGAGGAAAUCUGAACACCCCCUUGUUUGAUCGGGGCACUGAACCCCUUUAACCUGACUGAUACGCCAGCAAAGACUCCGGAAAACUAUCUCCGGACUCUGAUUACUUGAGCUUUCGAACUGAGGCCAAUUCAGAAUCCCGCACUCAGAAGACGCCUGCCCACCUGAGGCAGCUCGUCAGCAGAGCGAUCUUUGGUGCGCGCCACUGCUUGGAGCCGUCACCCUGUAGUUUUUUUUAUUACUUUAACCGUGUUUCAAAGUCAGACCUCAGAUCAGGCCUCUCUGAAUGUCUGGAGACAAUCGGCCGUGUCUGCGAAUCACGAAG